AUGCACCGCCGGGGAAGACUGCAGCGGAAUCUGUUUCUCGCUGCAAAAUUUAGUUCGGCCAUGAAGGCGAGAGACGGUGCGCCGCGCCAUCACCGAACUGUCGGACGGCGAACGAAGUGGGUCCGCGAAGGACGGCGAACGAAGAGUGUCCGCGAAGGACGGAGCACCGAGUGGGUCCGCGAAGGACGUAGUGAUGAAAGAGUGCGCAGUCAGGCUGACUCGCAACAGGAGUGCGUCGAUAGGUGGCGCCACAGGGACAGGACAAAGCGCCAAAGGGCCGGGAUCCCUAGUGUCCCCCGGUCGUUAAGCGCAUACCCGGACACGGAAUUCGACUCUGAGCUCACGGCUUCAUCUCUGUCGCUGUACUCAGAGCUCGAAGCGGCACUAAGUGUGGAGACGCCGAAACACGGCCAAAGGACGCGGAAGCGGGCCACGCCCGUAAACGCGAAGACGGAUUCGGACGACGGUUCGGAUGUGUCGGCGAAGAAACCGGCGGCGCGCCCGGUAUUCCGUCGGCCAUCGCAGGAGGAGGAGUUGCGCCAUGCAGAAGACCUAGGGAAGCAGGUCGAUGUGGAAGCGCAUCAGAUAUUGGAGGCGGUUCGCCGAUCCGGCAACCUUAAAGGGAGUGUCAUCCGGGAGAUAAAGGACGCUGUUGCCUCGAUCCGUCGGGCUUCAGACGUCCUAGUGACAAGGUCAGCAACGGCGGAAUGCGCUCGCCUUAGGGCGGCCAAUUCCCGCCUGGAGAAGGAGGUCUUUGACCUGAAAGAAAUGAUGGCGGGAUUCCGCGUCGAGUUCGCCCAAAUGGAUAAGGAGAUGGCUGAACUCCGCGGACUAAAAAAGAGAGGGGUAACACCUGGGCCGGAUCCGACAGAAGUCGCCCGGCUCAAGCAGGAAAACGCCGAACUGGAGGCACAGCUUGACCGAUACGUCAAGGACAACGUGGAGCUACGACAGAAAGUCCUGGCGGGUAAUGUGGCGCUGCGGAAGGCACAACGGAGUGCUUCCCAGAACUCCGCGGAGCCGAGUCCUGCACCCGCACCGCCGAUCCCGGAAAAGAUGGAGGUGACGUCAUGCGACCCACCGGUGCUCCUGACACCGAGUGACGACAUGGAGGGUCGCAUAGUGAGGCAAAUCGGGGAGAUGUUCAACGCCCGAUUUGCAAAACUAGAGGAGGCACUUCCCCAAAAAGGGAAAAAGAAGGAGAAGAAGAAGACGCCUCCCAAGCAAGACGUCCAGAAGACUGUGCAGCCGCCGCCCAAAACUCCAGCAGCUAGGGCCGCGGCGAACAAAAAGGAGGCCACGGAUCGACCAGGUCCGGUUGCCAAAAUGAGCCCUGGCCUCUCCCAGCAACCGUCGACAAGCACAGCAGAGGAGGGGUGGUCGACGGUCGUACGGCGGGGCAAGAAGAGCUCGGCGGCGACGAAAACCCAGAAGGCGCCGGCCGCACAAGCGGCCCCUACAAGGGAGGCUACAAAAGAAUCGGCCAAGCCGAAAAAGAGAAGACUGCGUCCCCCCCGCUCUUCGGCGAUUGUCUUAACAAUUCAGCCAGAAGCCGAAAAGGGGGGACUGACAUACAGUUCGGUGCUCCGCGAGGCGAAAGAUAAGAUUUCCCUCGCGGAACUCGGGAUUACCGAGUUGAAAUUCAAGCCGGCCAUCACCGGAGCGCGCAUCCUUGAGGUGCCGGGCGACUCCGGUGAUAAAGCGGAUCAGCUGGCAAAUAAGCUGGCGUCCAUCCUGCCAGAGGGAUCCGUCCGGGUCUCCAGGCCGAUGAAAUCGGCGGAGCUCCGCAUUGGAGACCUGGACGAUUCGGCUACAGCAGCCGAAGUAGUGGCCGCGGUGGCGCGGGAGGGGAAGUGCACGGUGGAAACCGUUAAGUCGGGGGAAAUCCGUCGCACUUCCUCAGGUGUGGGCACCUUAUGGGUGCGCUGCCCAGUAGCAGCCGCGAAGGCCCUCGUCGACGCCGGCAGGGUUAAAAUUGGAUGGACGAUGGCGCGGGUGUUCUCCUUAGACCCGAGGCCACUGCGGUGCUACCGCUGCCUUCUCACGGGGCACGUGGGACAGCGGUGCACCGCGAGAGAGGACUGCGGCGGCAUGUGCUUCCGCUGCGGACAGGCCGGUCACAAGGCCGCGUCGUGCGUCGCGCCAAAGCCGCAUUGUCGGUACUGCGCGGCGGCUGGUCGUGACGCCGACCACCGGAUAGGCAGCGGCAAGCAAUGCCGCGCUCCUAAGGCCCGCGCACCCGCGCCGGCCAGCGGAAGUGGAGGAGAGGAUGGACACGUAGUCCAUCCAAUCCAACCUGGGCCACAGAGCGGCGGAUGGGUAGGGCCAUCCAAAGCUCCAUGA